AAAUCAAAAUAUGGAUGCUUUGGUACAUUAGUAAUUUAAAGUCAUGUAUACAAAUAACAAGAACACAGUGGAAAGUAACAAUUAUUGAGAGCUUGUCUAAAUGAUGUCUAAAUGCGGUUGGUGGGAACUACUUUCUCUUCCGCCUAAGCGCAGGGGACACUCGUUCAAACCAAGACGCUGUGUGAUAUUUGUCAAAAAUGGAUGAUGUCACUCGUCAGAAAAUUUAUUUUAGAAUAACACUGAGAUUGUAACAGCACAAACAAAAUGUUUACGGUGCCAACGAAUGUCAAUGUUAUUUUAAUAUCUGCAAUAAGGGGGCAUUUUUUUCUGCAUUUAAAACACUUCCUUGUGGUCUACAUAACAUAAUAAUAAUAAUAAUAAUAAUAAUGGAUUAGAUUUUAUAUCGCGCUUUUCAAUGAUUAGAUACUCAAAGCGCUCACAGAGAAGUGGGAACCCAGCAUUCAUCCACACCUGGUGGUGGUAAGCUACAUUUGUAGCCACAGCUGCCCUGGGGUAGACUGACGGAAGCGAGGCUGCCAGUUUGCGCCUACGGCCCCUCCGACCCCUCCAACCACCACCUAUCAUUCAUUCACCAGUGUGAGCGGCACCGGGGGCAAGGGUGAAGUGUCCUGCCCAAGGACACAUCGGCAGCGAUUUGGAUGUCAAGAGGCAGGGAGCGAACCUGCAACCCUCAGGUUUCUGGCACGGCCGCUCUACCCAUUACGCCAUACCGCCCCCAACAUGUAAUGGUGGUUCUUUGCUCAAAAUGUAGCAUAGAUUAUAUUUUACAGGACGUCUUCAUGCCGCUUUCUGACCGUCUCUUCAGAAUGCACCGUUUUGUUGGCGGUUUUAUUUAUGUGUCUCCACCUCGACUGAGUCUUCUCCCCAUUGCCACGUUGUAGUUUUUAGCGCUUACAUAUUGUGUUUACUGACAGAUAUAAGUUCAAACUAUAUGCUAUUUUGUAUUAGAAAUGGCAACAGCGGAGCCAGUCUGCCCCACAACAAGAGGAUAGAGAAAAAGAAGGAACUUAUUGACUUCAACAUCGGACUACAAUGGUGGACUAGCGCAACGAUCGUCACCAAUAGGAAAAACAUCACAAAUUGGGCAAAUUCCAAACGGCUACUUUGGAGGAAGUAUGAAGGAGGGCAAGAUUGUUUUAUAAAUAUCUCCGCCCUACCUCCAUGGUUUGUUUUUACAUUUUUGAGUCUUAUGCAGAUUCCCAAACACACAAAAACAGGUACCAAUAAGUAAGAAAAGUUUUGCAUAAUAGGCCCCCUUUAAGUUUACUUCACAGUAUAGUGGAAUUUUUAAAACAUCUUGCAAGACUUCAGCUUAUACUGUGAGUAUAAACUGGAUUGUUUUUAAGUUUUACUAUAUGGAGUUUAAGAAUGAUAAAACGAUACUGAACACUCGGCCUGUACAGUUUAAACAUGUUAAGAUGAUGACAGCUUGACCCUGGAACAGAUUAUCUAUAUUGCUUUUGUGGAAAAACUGUUGCAAAAUUUGAUUUAAACGUUAACCACCAUUUAACCUCAGACGUUUCACUGAACAGGCCAUCCUUUGAGGUAUAUUUUCCGGUAAAGUUAAAGUACCAAUGAUUGUCACACACACUAGGUGUGGUGAAAUUUGUCCUCUGCAUUUGUUCACCCCCUGGGAGGUGAGGGGAGCAGUGGGCAGCAGCGGUGCCACGCCCGGGAAUCAUUUUUGGUGUUUUAACCCCCAAUUCCAACCCUUGAUCCUGAGUGCCAAUCAGGGACGUAAUGGGUCCCAUUUUUAUAGUCUUUGGUAUGACUUGGCCAGGGUUUGAACUCACAACCUACCGAUCUCAGGGCGGACACUCUAACCACUAGGCCAUUGAGUAGGAUAAAUAUAAGCUUCAUUUCUUCCAACUGCUUUACAGACAUGUUGAUUUGUUCAAAUAUAAACACGUGAUGUUCCAUAAUGUAACUUGCUAAUAAACAUGUUUAAAAUAAUACCCGUGUUUGGAACAAAGAAAAUAUUGUAUGAUUGUCUUCCAAAUAAGCACCGACCUGAUCCGACUCCACUUGCAGACUGGACGAGGCUUUGUUGAAGACGUGGUCCCACCAGUGGAAGGUAAACUGCUCUCCUUCCUUGUGGCCCACCUGGAAGAAGACAGCGCGGGUCAGAAGACGCCGUGCACACACAAGGGUAACAAAAACUUGUGGGUAUCAUCCAACACUCACUCCUCCCUUGUCACAUUUCACUUUGACUUUAAUGGCUUGUGAUAAGCCGUCCUCCUUGCGCCCGAGUCCUUUGCCUGCACAUGCAACACAUGUAGUGGUUGUGGCUAUAAUGAUGAAAUGAGACAACAUAUAAUAUCUCACCGUGUUCCCACCCAUGGCGCUUAAGUUGCUCUUCUGCAAACUUCAAGCCACGUCCUUUGUCUUGCACUGCCUCUGCCAUCUACAUGAAGAAGAUUGGCUGACUUAUUGAGCAAAGCAGCGUUUUUGCUAAAGCAGAUAAUGUAAACGUCUCUAAUAAAUUUCAAAACAUCUGUUGAGUGCAAUUAUCAGGGAACACAAACUACUAUGACAUUGGUGCGUUUGGUGUCAGUCACUCUGGCUCAGCUGCAGCUAGCUAGCUGGAGUUGACUGCCAAGUUUCGGGCAAUCGGGACUCCAAAUGUGACUUUUUACUGCAAUUAUAUUUUUCUGUAAAAAAAGGAGAACUUGGGAAAUAUCGGAGAUCGUUUUUGUUCGACAGGCUAUCACGUCUGAGAGGUACGUGCUAGCAUAGCUACUGUAGCUUCAUGAUAGUAGCACUACACUAUAUGAUAGUGACACUACAAAGCUCACCAACUGGUACACCAAAGGGUCAAAUAUUUGCUUCAACUCUUCAGUAUUUUUUAAGUGUUCAAAUCAGACACCAUGUGUCUAUUUAAUGAAAAACUACCACAAAAUAGCAUAAAGACAAUGGCCACACUGCUGAAGUGAAGCUGAGUUUUUUCUUAAACAAAUGAAAUGCUGACAGUCAUAAAUUAAAAACACAUAUCUCAGCUUUGUUUUUGUAAAGUAGUCUUCAUAGUGAUAAAAAGUUGGAGACCUGCUCUAUCAUAAAAACUGAACACUGACAUUAAAGUUUUGAAGUUAAGCAGGAUCUAUGUCUGUAAAGAAAUAUUUAUAUUUUUGUUAUGUUACAUUCACUUAAAAAUAUACAUUUUAUUAAUUUAAUUUUGUCACAAUUUUUUUUUUACAUUCUUUUACCAUACAUUUGUAUACUUUCAAAACCUGUGCAGCUUUUUACAUUCUGGUUGAAGUCAAAUAUUAUAAAAAAUAACGUGUUUAGAUUGUAGGUUUAAUCGAUGCCACUGGACUCUUCUUAAACGUCUUCAACCCAAAAAAUAAUCCAGUUGCCCCCUUAUAAAACUUAUUUCACAGAAAUAACUCGCCCUGCAAAAUGUCAUUUGAUUAAUUUUCAGAGCGUUGGCCACCCUACAAGCUUUCUUUUACGUUAUCUUUAUAGUUUAUUUUUUUCAGCAGAUUUGAAUUUGUAUUGAGCACAUUUUAGUGUUUGUGAACCACUGAGAUUAUGCUGGCUGCUAUCGUAACAACACGGCAUUAGUUAAUGUGUACGCUGUACGGCGAGCAACACAUAAUUGCCACAACAACAAAUGUAGACUUUUUAAAGCUAACAAUCUUGAGUGUCAUUCAAGCUUUGCAAAACCAAUGCAGAAAAGCGGUUUUAAAAACAACAACAUUCAAACCUUUGUAGAAGUCUGACACGCGGAAUUAACAGGAGGCUGCCAUGACCCGGAAAUACGUCAAUGUAUACUUCCGGGUUUCUUCCUCUUUUUCUUCUUCUUCUUCUUGAUGAAACCCUACUCUAUAUUAUUUUAUUUAACCCAUCCAUCCAUUUCCUACCGUUUGUCCCUUGGCCGCAAGGGGUGCUGGAGCCUAUCUCAGCUGCAUUCGGGCAGAAGGCGGCGAUACACCAUGGACAAGUCGCCAUCUCAUCGCAGGGCCAACACAGAUAGACAGUAAAAAGGGGUGCUGAAGCCUAUCUCAGCUGCAUUCGGGCGGAAGGCGGGGUACACCCUGGACAAGUCGCCAGAAAACAUUCACACUAGCAUUCACAAUCACACAAUUUUUAGUGUUGCCAAUCACUCCAAGUGACCCUGGCUACAGCUGUCACGCCAAUUUUCUUCCCAUUACAAAAACCUUCCUAACCCCCAUUUACUUCCGGGGUCAUUUCCGCUUACUUCAGUUCCUCUUACUUACGUCAUUUCCUCUUACGUCAUUGACAGCAUCGAUAAAUCAACAUCUCCUGAAAAUGUAUUUUGGGUUAGGGUUAGGGUAUAUAUGUAUUUAUAUAUGUAUAUAUGUAUAUAUGUAUUUUCUAACCUUGGAGGCCUAACAUUUUUGCUAUUGUGUAACUACAGCAUUGAUAGGAUUCCUGUUGCUCUUUCAAACUUCCACAAACAAGCCCUUCUGGCAUGGUCUCUUAUAUACAAGCACAAUUUCUCACCUACCAAAUACUUCAUUUGGAACAAUAAAGAUAUAUGUUUCAAAAGGAAAUCUCUUUUCCUCAACAAUUGGUUCAACAAUGAUAUUAUUUUAGUGAGUCAGCUUUUCAAUAAGGAAGGUCAACUUUUUAAUUACCAAGAAUUUGUCAACCACUUUAAGGUCCCUGUGACUCCCAAACAAUUUGCCAUUGUAUUUGAUGCCAUUCCAACGGGUGUUGUUAUGUUGUACAGGGCUUACUCAUCUCCUCUUUCUGCUGUAAAAAUUGUGAAUGAUCCACUUGACACUCCUGUGGGGAAACUUUGCUUUGAUCAGAAAAAUAACAGAAAAAUCCGCAGCUUAUUCCAAAAUGAUUGUGUGUCUGUCUCCUAUGUAAUUGCGCUCUGGAAUAAUAUUGUGAAUGACAUCUGCUGGGUCAAAACAUGGUCCCUUCCUAACAGGUAUUUACUUACCAACAAAGUCAAAGAGAUAUCUUUUAAAAUCAUUCAUCGUUAUUACCCUGUAAAGACUGUGAUGGUUAGAUACAAGAAGGACAUUGAUGUUACCUGCACCUUAUGUAACAUGCAUCCAGAGACUGUUUACCACCUGUUUUGGACUUGUGAAAGCACUCGAUCACUAUGGCAGGGCAUCUGUCGCUUCAUCCUGGACAAUAUUCAUGACAAAUUUGUGCUUUGUUUUAAAGAUGUGAUAUUUGGUUUUACACUAUAUGAACAAAAAUUUGAAAAGGAAUUUUACCUUUGCAACCUCAUUAUACUAUUGGCUAAGUUUUAUAUUCAUAAAUGUAAGUUUCUUAAUACCCGACCUGUCUUUUGUGCCUUUAAAAAAGAGUUAGAACUGUACAUUAAGACACUCUCUACCUCUAGCAACCAGAAAGCUGUGAAGACGAUUAUGCUGUGUUCCAAAUUUGAGUUGUUUACUGAAAUUGAGUGAGCCUAUGGCUUUGCACUUUGUUUAUAUUAUAUAUAUGUUUUUUUUGCAUUCUAUUUUAGUUACUUUGAAUUUAUAACCCCCUGGCGCUGCUUUUUAUUCUUUUUGUACUGUUUUGUACUACUUUUGUACUUA